CAGAGACAACGUAGGGCACUUGAUUGUACAACUUGGCUAAACAGCCAAGUUACACAUGCUGCUGUUUGGUGUUUCAAUUAUACGGCCCCAGCGACAACACGUGUGAUCAACAGGCGACCAGCCACCAGUGGGUGUUUGCAGUGAUAAUAGUGAAAUCAAAUCACAACGGCCAAAGUGGAUCAGUGAAUAGACAGUGUCUCGUCUGUUUGGAGAGUCGGAGGGCGCUGCAGAAGCCACCACCAUGAUGCACUCGGCCGGCUCCAUGAACAACAACGGCAUGGCAUCCUACUCGAUGCAGAACAACAUGCACAUGUCGUACCCGCAGCCGCAGAGCAUCCAGAGCUACAACCCGAUGGGCGGCAUGGGCAUCAACUCCAACUACAUGCCGCCGGCCUCCAUGGGCACCAUGACCACCUUCAGCAACAUGCAGCCGGUGAACCAGGUCGGCGCCAUGAACAGCUCGUGCAUGACGGGCCUGGGUGUGAUGAACAGCCUGCCGCCCAGCCUGAGUCCGUACAGUCGGGACCUGGCCGGCUCGCCGCACUCGCCGGUCGGCUCGGCGCUUCAGCGGGCGCGCACCGACAAAACGUACCGGCGUAGCUACACGCACGCCAAGCCGCCCUACUCCUACAUCAGCCUCAUCACCAUGGCCAUCCAGAACUCGCCGCAGAAGAUGCUGACGCUGAGCGAGAUCUAUCAGUUCAUCAUGGAUCUGUUCCCGUUCUACCGGCAAAACCAGCAGCGCUGGCAGAACUCCAUUCGGCAUUCACUCUCCUUCAACGACUGCUUUCUCAAGGUA